ACAAACGUACAAGAUUCCGAUCAUGGCGACUAACAUUGCAGCUGAACUAACACGUCAUCUCAAUGCCCGCCAUCUCUAUCCUACGGCGGCGUGGCUCGAGAGUUUUCUAUCCACCACCCGGCCGAAUACACCACUGCCCGCAUUAAAGCAAACAUUACUUUUCCGUCUACUGGCAACCGAUAUCACAAAAUCACUAAGUCAGCCGCCCAGCUCAGUAUUUCCUAGCGAUGUACUCAAUGGAAAUACACAGUCCCGCAUCAUUCCUGGCCCUGUUGUCUGCCAGGUGCUUGACAUUGAGGAUAUCGGACACUCGCGCUGGUCCCAAGUCGAAGCCAUCGAAGCAAAAGACCGGGGCGAGACGACCAAAGGAAGAGAAAUUGUGCGCGUAGUCAAACAAGACAACGAGGCUGCUACCGAGGCUACGGCGCCUGCGCAAAGUAAAGGUCCCUUCAAGCUUCUCCUUCAGGAUGCCAAAGCCUUCAAGAUUUAUGCCAUAGAUCUAAGAGGCAUCGAUGGCCUCCACACAAACAUGGCCAUGGGUGCGAAACUUGUUUUGAAAGACUCUGAUGUAAGAAGAGGCGUUGUUAUGCUUGAACCAGGCAAUAUUCAGGUUCUGGGUGGGAAGAUUGAGGCGCUCGACAAGGCUUGGAAGGAGGGGAGGAAGGAGCGGCUCAAGGCUGCAGCCAAUUCGCUAGCACAAAGCGCGGGGUGACGAGACUGUAAAACCACAGCCUGCUCUUCCGACAACCACGCCAGCUUCUCUCCAGGAUAAACCAUCAGAAAUGUUCUGCGAAACCUGUAUCGGUGUUCUUCAGCACCGCCGUCAUGUCAUUAGCUCCGCAACAAGCCAAAGUGAGCUGGAUGAUUGCGGCAAAACUCUACCAUUUGUCGAGUGUCUUCACCAUUUAACGCGGAAAUCAUUGGUUAUAUCGGCAGAGAAUGGGUGUCCUGUUUGCCGACCCAUUUUCGACAGAUAUUGG